AUGGGGUGCCUGAAAAGGUCAACCCAGCUGCUGCUGCAGCUGCUGCUACUUGGGGGCCUGAGGCCAGGGCAGGGCUCUACUGUGCUGGGCACCCUGGAUUUACAGAUAGAUGAGGAGCAGCCAGCUGGUACCAUCAUCGGGGACAUCAGUGCUGGACUGCCCCCCAGCACCACUGCCUACAUGUACUUCAUCUCCGCGCAGGAGGGCAGCGGUGUCACCACGGACCUGGAGAUAGAUGAGAACACAGGCAUCAUCAAAACAGCCCGUGUGCUGGACCGAGAGAGCCGGGACCGCUACAGCUUCAUUGCUGUCACCCCUGAGGGCAUCACAGUGGAGGUGAAUGUCCAGGUGAAUGACAUCAAUGACCAUGCACCAGUAUUCCCCAAGCACCACCACACCUUUCAAAUCCCAGAGCACACCCACAUUGGCAGCAGGUUCCCCCUGGACCCAGCCUUCGAUGCUGACAGUGGCCUGCUGAACACCCAGGGUUAUGUGCUCAAAGGGGAGAAUGUGGGCCAAGCCUUCCGCCUGGAGACACGCAGGGGCCCCAAUGGGGUCCUGUACUUGAACCUGGUGGUCAGCAACGUCCUGGACCGGGAGAACUGCUCAUCGUACUCCCUGCUGCUGGAGGCCUAUGAUGGCGGCUCCCCUCCCCGGAGCACUCAGAUGACUUUGGAUGUGGCCAUACAGGACAUCAACGACAAUGCACCUGCCUUCAACCAGAGCCGCUACCACACCCUCAUCUCCGAGAACCUGAAGCCAGGCAGCAGCAUCCUGCAGGUCUUUGCCUCCGAUGCAGAUGAGGGUGACAACGGGGCUGUGGUGUAUGAGAUCAACCGUCGGCAGAGUGACCCUGAUCAGUACUUCACCAUCGACUCCAGGACGGGUGUCAUCAAGCUCAACAAGGGGCUGGACUAUGAGAUGAGGAAGGUGCAUGAGCUGGUGGUGCAGGCACGGGACAAGGCCAUGCACCCAGAGGUCACCACAGCCUUUGUCACCAUCCACGUGCGCGACUACAAUGACAACCAGCCCACCAUGACCAUCAUCUUCCUGAGCGAGGAUGGCUCACCACAGAUCUCCGAGGGUGCCCAGCCUGGCCAGUAUGUGGCACGCAUCUCUGUCUCAGACCCCGACUAUGGUGAGUACUCCAAUGUCAAUGUCUCCCUGGAGGGGGGAGACGGCAAAUUUGCCCUCACCACCAAGGACAAUAUCAUCUACUUGAUAUGUGUGGACCAGCUGCUGGAUCGGGAGGAGAGAGACUCCUAUGACCUGCGGGUGACGGCCACUGACUCAGGGACCCCUCCGCUGCGGGCAGAGUCGGCCUUUGUGCUGAAGGUGAUGGAUGUCAAUGACAACCCACCACUCUUUGACCAGCAGGAAUACAAGCAGAGCAUCCCCGAGGUGGUGUACCCAGGCAGCUUUGUCCUGCAGGUGACAGCCCGUGACAAGGACCAAGGUCCCAAUGGGGAGGUACGGUACAGCAUCCUACACAGCCAGGACACCCACUCCAACUGGUUCACCAUUGACCCAGCCACAGGCAUCAUCACCACCGCUGCUUCUCUGGAUUAUGAGAAGGACCCCCAGCCCCAGCUGACAGUGCUGGCCAUGGACAGAGGGACACCUGUCCUCUCCUCCACGGCCGUGGUGCAUGUGGCCCUACAGGACGUCAACGAUAAUGAGCCUGUGUUCAGGAGCAACUUCUACAAUGUAUCCCUGAAGGAGAACACACCCGCUGGGACCUGCUUCCUACAGAUCACGGCCACGGAUGCAGACAGUGGCCCCUUCAGCUCCCUCUCCUACUCCAUCGGCUCAGGCAUUGGCAGCGUUGUUCCCACGCAGUUCAGCAUCGAUGAGCACACUGGGCAGCUGUGCACAGUGCAGGGCCUGGACCGCGACGAGGGGGCCACCACCUAUGACUUCACUGUCACUGCUGUCGAUGGGGGUGGUCUGAACUCCAUGGUGUACGUGAAGGUUUUCCUGGAGGAUGUGAACGAUAACCGUCCGGCGUUCUACCCGCUGGAGUACGCGGCCAGCAUCAGCACGCAGAGCAUGCCGGGCACAGCCGUGCUGCGCGUCAUGGCCCACGACAAGGACGAGGGCCCCCACGGGAAGGUGACGUACCACAUUGUCUCGGGGAACUCGCCCCCUCUCUUCUCUCUGCACAAGGACACAGGUGUUGUCUCCCUCUCGUGGUCCCUGAGUGGCAAAGCCAACACGCUGGUGCAGCUGGUGAUCUCAGCACGGGAUGGAGGGGGCCUGUCAGCCCAACCCAAUGCCCAAGUGAACAUCAGCAUCGUGGCUGGCACAGUCUCACCUCCUGUCUUUGAGCAGGCACAGUACUUCUUCACAGUGCCUGAGGACACACAGCAGGGGGCGAGUGUUGGGGCCGUCCGGGCCCAUAACCCCCCAGGUCACUCUGAUGACAUCUUUUAUUCCAUCUCCUCGGGAGAUCCCCAUGGCUAUUUCUUCAUUGACUCCAGCUUGGGACAGCUCCGCACCAGCCUCCCUCUCGACCAUGAGGUCCAGGCGGUUCUGGUUCUGGACGUGCAGGCCCGAAGUGGCUCGCCACCUGCCUACAGCAACACGCAGGUGAAGAUUUCCGUGUCAGACGUGAAUGACAAUGCGCCAGCCUUCCUGGCCCCUUCUGACUCCAUCCUGCUGCCAGAGGCCACAGAGGUGGGGGCCACUGUGUACACGCUGCAGGCGGAGGAUCGGGACAGUGGUGCCAACGGGCAGGUGCACUUUGAGCUGGUGUCAGGUGGGGACGGCAUCUUCAGCGUGGAGCGCUCCUCUGGGACAGUGCGUGUGGUGGGGGCGCUGCAGUACGAGGCCAGUGCCGCCUAUGGCCUAGCCAUAGUGGCACGGGACAGCGGUGUGCCCCAGCUCAGUGCCACCUUCACCCUGCUGGUGCAUGUGCAGGCAGAGCACGACCACGGGCCCAUCUUUGACACACUCACCUACCGUGUGGAGGUGCGGGAGGGCACGCCUGUCUCCACUCGCUUCCUGCAGGUGCGGGCCCUAGGCCGGGACUCUGGUGCCACGCCCCUCACUUACUACCUGCGUGCCGAUGGCGACGCCGCUAGCUUUGGCAUCGUGCCCGAGAGCGGCUGGCUCUAUGUCAAGAGUGCGUUGGACCGGGAGACGCGGGACCUGUACAUGCUGACAGUGCUGGCGUCUGCAGGCGCAGGCGGCACCAGCAGCGAGGCUAGGAAGACGGGCACCAGCACGGUGCGGGUCAGCAUCACUGACGAGAAUGACAACAGCCCCCGGUUCAGCGAGGAGCGCUACUUCUUCACCAUUCCCGAGAACCAGCCACCGGGCAGCAGGGUGGGCAGGGUGACAGCCAGUGACCGGGACACGGGGCAGAACAGCCGCCUCACCUACCGCCUCCUCCAGCAUGACCCCAACUUCCUCAUCCACAUGCAGUCUGGAGAGCUCACUGCCAAGCGCAGCCUGGACCGGGAGCACCAGUCAAGCUAUCAGCUGCUGGUGAUCGUGCAGGAUGGGGGGACGCCACCCCGCAGCGUCACGGGCACCGUCUAUGUCACCGUGUUGGAUGAGAAUGACAAUUUGCCGGCUUUCCUUCAUGUGCUGGGCGGGCGGGAGCUCCUGGUGCAGGUGCUGGAGGAGAAGCCAUCUGGGCUGCUGGUCGCCUCCCUGCAGGCCAAGGACCCAGACGAGGGUGAGAACGGGACCAUCUUCUACUCACUAACAGGGGCUUGGGCCGAGUGCUUCACACUGCACAUGGCCACGGGGGAGCUGCGUACAGCCACUGUGCUGCGCCGAACCGACCGGGCCGAGUACAUCUUCACUGUCACAGCCAGUGACCGGGGCACGGAGCCCCGCAGUACAGCAGCCACUGUCCGCAUCCAGGUGCUGCCAUCCUCCCGGGUGCUGCCACAGCCAGACGCCACAGUGGUUACACUGCACCCGGUAGAAGGGGUCAGACCCGGCUCAGUGAUUGGCUCGGUGGCGCCGCCUGAGGCCUCUGCACAGGGGCAUCUGACUUACACCCUGCUGGGGGGCGGUGGGGACGGCACCUUUGUGGUGGACAGCAUGACGGGGGAGAUCUACGCAGCACGGGAGCUGGACUACGAGGUGGGGGCACAGCACACGCUGCAUGUCAGCGCCGAGGACAUGCAGCGCGGCUACCCUGCCAGCCGGCUGGUGCUGGUGCAGAUCCAAGUGCAGGACUGUAACGACCAGGCGCCUGCCUUCCCAGAGGACCCCAUCACUAUCGUGGUGCCCGAGAACACCCAGGCCGGCACCUCCAUCUUCACCUUCCAGGCCCCAGAUGGAGACGGUGCUGGCCCCAACAGCCAGGUGUGCUACAGGCUGCUGCGCCAGGAGCCCCCCGGCUCCCACUUCCAGCUGGAUGCCCACUCUGGGCUGCUGACCCUCCAGCGGGGGCUGGACCGCGAGGCUGCCCCCUCCUUUCUGCUGGUGGUGGAGGCCACAGACCAGGCCCGCAACAUCAGCCAGCGCCGCUCCGCUGCCGUCACUGCCCGUGUCUUUGUGACAGACGAGAACGACAACGUGCCCAUCUUCCUCUCACCAGCCACCGUUAGCGUCAUGGAGGACCAGCCCACUGGCUUCAUGGUGCUGCAUGUGGUGGCACGGGAUGGGGACCUGGGCGAGAAUGGGCGGGUGAGCUACACGCUGCAGGCAGGCAACGCCGAGGGCCGGUUCCACCUGAACCCUAGCACAGGUGCCCUCUCCGUUGUGCGUGCUCUGAACCGGGAGGAGGCGUCCCAGCACAACCUGACAGUGGUGGCCAUGGACCAUGGCUUCCCGCGCCGCUCGUCCACGCAGCUGCUGACAGUGCUGGUGCUGGACGUUAAUGAUGAGGCACCUGCCUUCGAGAGGGCUGAGUAUGAGGCCAGUGUCAUGGAGAAUCUGCCAGCGGGCAGCCCCGUGCUGCAGCUGCUGGCCACAGACUGCGACCUGGGGGCCAAUGGGCGUGUGUCAUACGGGGGCCUCUCUGGGGGUCCCUUCUCCAUCCACCCACAGACUGGGCUUGUCACCACCAUGCACUCCCUGGACCGGGAGAGGCGGGAGCAGCACGUGCUAACAGUCUAUGCCCGGGACGGUGGCCUGCCCCCCAACCUGGCCAAAGUGACAGUGCGGAUCUUGGUGGGAGAUGAAAACGACCAUGCUCCGCGCUUCGAGAGCGAGUCCUGCUCCUUGGAGGUGCCCGAGAACCAGAGCCGCGUGGCACUCUACACCCUGCGGGCCACGGACUUGGAUGCGGGCGAGAACGGGCGCCUGGAGUACCAUGUGAUGGAUGGAGACCCUGCCCAGGAUUUCAGCCUGGACCCUGCUUCUGGUGUGUUCGCCACCUCGCGCAGCCUGGACCGAGAGCUGGUGGCCUCUUACCGGCUGACUGUGGUGGCACGAGACCACGGCACACCUCAGCGCAGUGCCACCAUGUCUCUGAGUGUGCGGGUGCUGGACCUCAAUGACAAUGCACCGCGCUUUGCACAGGCAGCCUACACUGUGGAGGUGCCUGAGGACCUGGCCGUCGGGGCACUGGUCCUGCAGCUGGUGGCACUGGACCCAGAUGAGGGCACCAACGGGCAGGUCUCCUACUACCUGGGCAAUGAGUCGCUGGGCAUGUUCCAGGUGGAACCGCAGAGCGGGCGCAUCACCAGUGCCCAGGCCCUGGACCGUGAGCGCCGCCCCACUUACAGCUUCCUGGCCAAAGCCGUGGACUCGGCACCCUGGGAGCCCAAGAGUGCAGUCGUGCGUGUCACAGUCACCGUGCGAGACGUCAACGACCAUGCGCCUGCCUUCCUGCACAGCCCGCUCUCUGUCAAUCUCUCCCGCCACACGCCACCUAAGCAGGUGGUGGCCACUAUGCGGGCUGAGGACAAAGAUGCAGGUGCCAACGCCUCCAUCCUGUACCGGUUUGCCACACCCAAUCCCAGCUUUGCCAUCAAUUCCUACACUGGCGCCAUCCAGUUGCUGCAGCCCCUAGGCUCUCUCAGCCAGCGGCAGCGCACCCUCUUCAUCCUGGCCACCGACUUGGGCCAACCAGCCCUCUCCUCCACUGGUGUGGUGGUGAUCUACCUGCAGGAAGAGAGCUACCGGGGCGUGCGCUUCCCCCGCAGCACCAGAGACGUGGCCAUACCUGAGAAUGCCGCCACAGGCACCGCGGUGGUGAGCAUCCAGGCCACACACGCAGGGGGCUCCUCAGGGCGCAUCACCUACAGCAUCGUGAGUGGCAAUGAGAAGAAUGCUUUCCUCAUCCAGCCCAGCUCAGGUGCCAUCUCGGUGCAGGACUCCAGCAGCCUGGACUUCGAAUCAAGCCCUCGGCUGCGCCUCGUGGUUCAAGCAGAGACUGCCACCUCCUUUGGCUUCAUGGCCGUGAACCUCAACCUGCAGGAUGUGAAUGACAACUUGCCACGCUUCCAGCUGCAGAACUACGUGGCCUUUAUCUGGGAGUCACAGAGCUACGACUCCCCCGUCAUACAGGUUUUGGCUGACGACCCGGAUCAGGGUGCAAAUGGUCAGGUGACCUACGCCAUCAACCAAUCGCUGCCCAUGAACGGGCUGUACCACAUUGAUGCCCAGAUGGGGACCAUCACCACUGCAGCCAUUCUGGACAGGGAGAUCUGGUCGCAGACCCGGCUGGUGGUGACAGCGAUGGACAGAGGGAACCCGCCCCUCAUCGGCUCAGCCACGCUGACCGUGGUGGUGAUGGACGUCAAUGAUAACAGCCCCACCAUCCCCCUGCCCUGGGAGGUGCGGGUGCCCGAGAACACCCUGCUGGGCACUGAGAUCACCCAGGUGACGGGGAACGACGUGGACUCAGGCCCAGCGCUCUCCUACACGCUGGUGCCGGAUGGGGGCGCAGCAGGAACCUUCAGCAUCCUGCGCUACGGGGGCCGCAUCGCCCUAACAGCGCCACUGGACUACGAGCAGUGCAGCCAUUAUGUCCUGACCAUCCGCUCCUCCGACUCCCGGCACGAGACUGAAGCCAACCUCACUGUCAUCGUGGAAGAUAUCAACGACAAUGCGCCCACCUUCAGCCAGGGCCACUACCAGGUGACAUUGCUGGAGCACACGCCAGCAGGCAGCACCAUCCUCACCGUCAGUGCCACAGACAGGGACUCUGGCAGCAAUGGGGAGCUCACCUACCGCCUGGCUGUGCCCAGCUCCGACGUCUCCAUCAACCCCAGCAACGGAACGCUGUUCACCUCCCGCCGGGUGGAGCUGGAUGCAAACCAGCCCACGCUGGACCUGGUGGUAGAGGUGCGUGACCACGGCUCUCCCAGCCUCUCGGCCUGGACCACAGUGCAGAUCCAGGUGCUGGAUGUGAAUGACCACAGCCCCACCUUCCAGCAGGCACACUACAAUGCCUGUGUCCCUGAGGACCUGCGCCCGGGCACCACCUUGCUGACGCUAGAGGCGGGUGACGCUGACCUGUCCCGGGAGAACGCCGGCUUUGACUACACCAUUGUCAGCGGCAACAGCGGCAAUGCCUUCCAGGUGGAGAGCCACAUGGGCUGGUCUCGAGGGCACCUGCGCACACAGGGAGCCCUGGUGCUGGUGGAGGCGCUGGACUUCGAAGCCGUCCCCAUCUACAACUUGACAGUGGCAGCCUCAGACCGGGGUGUGCCACAGUGCAGCACCACCGUGCCAGUGCUUGUCACCGUGCUGGAUGUCAACGACAACCCGCCAGUCUUUGCCCGGGCCGAGUACCACACAGCUGUGAGCGAGAGCACCCCCCCGGGCACCGAGCUGCUGCGGCUGGCGGCCCACGAUGCUGACUCGGGCCCCUAUGGCCAGGUGCACUACAGCAUCAGCUCCGGCGACCAGCGCAGGCUCUUCCAGCUGCAUGAGGCCACAGGCGCCCUGCGCCUGGCACAGUCCCUGGACCGAGAGACCCAGGCCCUGCACAGCCUGGUGGUGCAGGCCUCUGAUGGCCCCGGCGGGCACUUCGCCCUGGUGCCCAUCACCAUUGAAGUGAAGGACAUCAACGACAACAUACCCUACUUCCCGGUGGAGACACUGAGCGCCAGCGUGCGGGAGAACCUGCCGCCAGGCACCCUGAUCACCACUCUGCACGCCAUCGACGCCGACACUGGGGCCUUCGGGGAGCUGCGCUACGCUGUGCUGGAGCAGGCAGUGGGGGAGCUGGGACCCCCUGAGGGCAGGGAUGUCUUCUUCAUCAACCGGACCUCCGGGGAGCUGCGCUCCCGCCUCGCCUUUGACUACGAGCGUGCCAAGGCCUUCCAGCUGCUGGUGCAGGCCACGGACGCCGGCAACGCCUCAGCCACCGUCACCGUGCGGGUGCUGGUGACCGGCGAGGAUGAGUACAGUCCUGUCUUCCUGAGCCCGGACUUCAGCUUCGAGGUGCCUGAGGGCGCCCACAAGGGCCAGAGCAUUGGCCGAGUGCUGGCCACUGACGAGGAUGAGGGUGUGGACGGUGUGGUGCUCUACUCUUUAGCUAAGCCCUCACCGUACUUCGGGGUCAACCAGACCACCGGCACCAUCUACCUGCGCGUGGACAGCCAGCCACAGCCAGCAGGGCGGGCCAAGCGGGAGCCGCGGGAGAUGAGCCUGGAGGUGCAGGCCCGGAGCCCCCUUCCUUCCUCCCGCUCAGCCUCUGCUCAGGUCUCCAUCGACGUCACCCACACCUCCUUCGGCCUGGCGCCGGACCUCAACUUGCUGCUGGUGGUAGCUGUGGCUGCCUCCCUGGGUGUGGUGGUGGUGCUGGCCGCCGUGGCCAUCAUCCUGGUGCUGGUCCGCUCCCGGCACCAGCAGGGACACAAGAAGCCAGAGCAGGACUCGCAGCUCAACCGCAUGCAGAGUGGCUCCUUGCAGAAGCUAAGCCAUGAGGAGCCGGUGCUGCCCGGCAGUGACCGCAUCUACCACCAGGCCCUGCCAGGCUAUGGCAGCGAGUCGGCCGGACCCUACCCACGUGGCGGCUCCCUGGACCCCUCCCACUCCAGCGGGCGUGGCUCAGCCGAGGCAGCCGAGGACGAUGAGAUCCGGAUGAUUAACGAAUACCCACGUGUGGCCAGCAUCACCUCCUCCAUGCAGGAGCACAUCUCAGCCCGCGGCCCCGACUCAGGCAUCCAGCAGGACGCUGACCAGCUCUCUGACAUCUCCUGUGAGCCCACCACCCUGGAGAGCGCCCAGUGGUUCAAGAGCAAGAAGGGCUCCAGCCUGCUGCUGCCUGGGCAGCCGCCCCAUCUGUACCGCGAGGAUGGGGGCAGUAGCACCUUCCUGGGCGUGGGCUGCGGCCUGAGCGUCUCCUCCCACCCCAAGGACUACACCUUCCCCGAGGAUGGCAAGCCCUCUGUGGAGGGCUCCCUCACCGCCGUCGUGGCCAGCGAGGAGGAGCUCCGCGGCAGCUACAACUGGGAUUACCUGCUGAACUGGUGCCCCCAGUUCCAGCCCCUGGCCAGCGUCUUCACCGAGAUCGCCCGGCUCAAGGAUGAGAGCUCCCUGCGCAAGCCCUUCCAAGCCAAGCCCAAGGCAGAGCCCAAGCCCCGUAUUGAUCCUCCGCCCCUCAUCACCUCGGUGGCCCAUCCCGGGGCCAAGUCAGUGCCCCCCAAGCCAGCAGUGGGCAGGACCUUCCCGCACCUGUCCUCCCUGCGCCGCUCACCCAUCAGCCACGAGGGGUCCAUCUCCUCCUCGGCCAUGUCGCCCAGCUUCUCGCCCUCGCUGUCCCCACUGGCCGCCCGCUCCCCCGUGGUGUCGCCUUUUGGUGUCUCCCAGGGGCCCUCGGCCUCCGUCAUCAGCGCCGAGCACUCGCUGGAGCUCCCUGAGGAAGCUGAGCUCAGGAUUUAG